CGGUCCAACUCGACUCCAUACCAAGUGCGUAAACUCCUGCGCACCUCGCAGGCAAACCUCGAACCUACCCUGUUCUCUGAAACGCCGCCAACGGCACCCGUCCAGCAGCCAUGGGCAAGAAAGUAGCCGCCAAGAAUGAUCUCCCCGUCCAUAAAAUCAUCAUGGUCGGCAGUGGCGGUGUGGGAAAGUCGGCGCUCACGCUGCAGUUCAUGUAUGGUGAUUUUAUCGAGGAAUACGACCCCACCAAGGCCGACUCGUAUCGAAAAAAGUGCACCCUGGACGGCACCGAGUGUUUCAUCGACAUCCUGGACACGGCCGGGCAGGAAGAAUACGCGGCCAUUCGUGAUAACUACUAUCGCAGCGGGGAGGGCUUUCUCUGCGUCUUCUCCAUCUGCGAGCAGGAAAGCUUUGAAAACACACAAGAGUUUCGGGACCAGAUCUGCCGCGUCCUCGACGAUGAGGAGAUUCCGUUUGUCCUGGUCGGCAACAAGGCCGAUCUGAGCCACCUGCGAAAAGUCGGCACCAAAGACGGCGAGGCCCGAGCAAAGCAAUGGAAGUGCACCUACAUCGAGACUAGCGCCAAGACGAAACAGAAUGUCGACGAAUGCUACAACACGCUGAUGCGAGCCAUCCGAACCAAGAAGGAGGCCGGCGGGGCUGGCGGCAAGGGCGGGGGCAAGGCCAAAGCUUCGGGCAAGAAGGGCGGCUGCUUGCUGCUAUGAGGAGGUGCAGCACG